CUCCUGCUUCUUGGACAUCUCGUCGAAGGGAUCAACCUUGAAGGGAUCAGAAGAAAGAGGGAGUAGAGAGGGAGAGAGGGCUUGUCGGGGGUCCGUCUCUUGGAUGGGCGAGGCCUCUGGCGACGAUGAUUCCUCCUACCCUUUCUCCGUCACGACGCCGCAGCCGCCGCCGCCGCCGCCGCCGCCGCCGAAGAAGCUGUCGGUGCUCCCCUUGAUCGCCCUCAUCUUCUACAAUGUCUCCGGCGGCCCCUUUGGCGUCGAGGACUCCGUCUCGGCCGGCGGCGGACCCCUCCUAUCCCUCCUGGGCUUCCUCGUCUUCCCCUUCCUGUGGAGCCUCCCUGAGGCCCUCGUCACCGCGGAGCUGGCCGCUAGCUUCCCGGAGAAUGGUGGAUACGUGCUUUGGAUCUCCUCCGCCUUUGGCCCCUUCUGGGGAUUCCAGGAGGGAUUCUGGAAGUGGGCCAGCGGCACCAUGGACAACGCCCUCUACCCCGUCCUUUUCCUCGACUACCUCUGCCAGUCCCUCCCAUUCUUCGCCCGCCCGGCCGCCCGCACUCCGGCCCUCCUCGUCCUCACGGCAGGCCUGACCUUCCUCAACUACCGCGGCCUCAACAUCGUCGGCCUCGCCGCCGUCGCCCUCACCGCCUUCUCCCUCUCCCCCUUCGUCGUCAUGGCCCUUCUCGCCCUCCCCCGCCUCCGCCCCCGCCGCUGGCUCGCCGUGGACCUCAAAAGAGCUAACUUUAGAGGUUACUUCAACAUCAUGUUCUGGAAUCUCAACUACUGGGACAAGGCAAGCACCCUCGCCGGCGAGGUCGAGGACCCGAGCCGAUCCUUCCCCAAGGCCCUCUUCGGGGCCGUCAUCCUCGUGAUGGCUUCGUACCUGAUCCCAUUGCUCGCCGGUACGGGGGCUAUGGACGCGUCCAUCACCGAGGAGUGGAAAGACGGGUACUUUGCGCAGGUUGGGAUGGUGAUCGGGGGAGCGUGGCUCCGAUGGUGGAUCCAGGCAGCCGCGGCCAUGUCGAACAUGGGUUUGUUCGAGGCCGAGAUGAGCAGCGAUUCAUUCCAGUUGCUUGGUAUGAGCGAGAUGGGGAUGCUGCCGGCAAUAUUUGCAGAGAGAUCGAAAUAUGGCACUCCAACCAUUAGCAUCCUAUGCUCUGCAACUGGGGUCAUACUAUUAUCAUGGAUGAGCUUUCAGGAGAUUGUGGAGUUCCUUAAUUUCUUGUACUCAUUGGGAAUGCUUCUUGAGUUUGCUGCAUUCAUAAAACUCAGAAUAAAGAAGCCAGAUCUCCACAGGCCAUAUAAGAUUCCGGUAGAAACCUUUGGCGCAGUGAUUAUUUGUGUACCUCCCACUAUUUUGCUUGUCCUUGUUAUGUGUCUGGCUUCAAUGAGGACUUUUAUUGUGAGCGGGAGUGUUAUGCUUGGUGGGUUUCUUUUAUAUCCUGCUAUUGAGCACAUGAGGAAUAAAAAUUGCAUUAAGUUUCUCAACACAACUCUGCCACCUGAGGGUUGUUCCAACACUCCUCAAGUGCAAAAUCAGGAUGUUGUUGAUGAGGCUUCCGUAAGCUUUUUGCCAGACCAUUCCUGUGUCAAGAAGGAACUACAAGACCUUGAAAUUAAUUCAGAUGGGAUCUUGGAUAAGGAGUGAAAGAGAUUUCAACACUUCAAGUGCACUGAUCAACUUGAGUUAUCUAAGCCUUUAAUGUAACACAUUUAUGUUAAUAUGUAUCGUUAUAAUAAUUUUGGUACAGAGGAUGCAAAGUUUGGCAAAGGAUUUUACUUUCCUCUCUAUCUUUUACAUUUUUGGUUUCCAUCUAUAUCAAAAGUUAAACCCCCUUGCAUGA